AUGGAUCCGUCUCAGUUGGCCGGGAUCCCCCCCGAGGAUGAGAGGAAAAUGACGGCGAUGGUCGAGAGUAUGCAAGUCCGCGACAGUCUUCGCAUGUACAAUAGUCUCGUGGAGAAAUGCUUCUCCAAUUGUGUGCAGAGUUUCCGGAGAAAGGAUCUGGAGAAGGAUGAGGAGCGGUGCGUUACCAAGUGCUGCGAAAAGUUUUUGAAGCACUCUGCUCGCGUGAGUCUGCGCUUCGCGGAGCUUAACCAGCAGACUAUGGAGCAGAUGGGGGCACCGCCUUCGUAG